ACACAACCCCUAAUUUUUAGGGACUUUGAUUCAAAACCCAUUUGGUUUUCACACCAAAUUCAUCAUCUCUUCACAAAUUUCCAGAUACCCAUUUCGAUUUUCGACCCAUUUUACAAGAAUCAAGGGGUUCUUCCCCUAAAAACCACCAAAACCUACAAAGAUCUUCACAAAUUUUAGGGUUUUGAUUAGGGUUUUCUGUGAUUGAGACUUGAGAAUGGAUGGAAGUGAUAUAUAUAAAGCUAGUAGCAGUAUAAGGUUAGGAAGUGUAAAGGGUGUAAGUGGAAGAACAUCAAGUUUAAGAUCUGGAAGUAAUUCUGUAUGGAGGAAUUCAGGCAUGGAUGUUUUUUCGAAAUCAUCUCGUGAAGAAGACGACGAAGAAGCUCUGAAAUGGGCGUCACUUGAAAAACUUCCGACGUUUGAUCGAUUGAGAAAAGGAUUGUUGUUUGGAUCGAGUGGACCUUCGAAUGAAAUCGAUAUCGAUAACCUUGGAUUUGAACAAAGACAGCAUCUGCUUGAUCGACUUGUCAAAGUUGCUGAUGAAGAUAAUGAGAAGUUCUUGUUGAAGCUCAGGAACAGAAUUGAUAGGGUUGGAAUUGAUUUGCCAACAAUUGAAGUUAGAUUUGAACAUGUGUCUGUGGAGGCAGAUGCUAACACAGGAAGCAGAGCUUUGCCUAGUUUCAUUAACUUCCACAUUGAUAUCUUUGAGACUGCAUUGAGCAAGUUCGGUGUGCUUCCGCAUGCAAAAAGGCAUAUAACCAUUCUUGAUGAUGUUAGUGGCGUCAUUAAGCCUAGCAGGAUGACAUUACUUUUGGGUCCUCCGAGUUCGGGGAAGACAACGUUGUUGUUGGCCUUAGCCGGGAAACUUGCCAAGGAGCUUAAGAGCACGGGGAAGGUGACGUAUAAUGGCCAUGAAUUGCAUGAGUUUGUACCCGAAAGAACUUCCGCUUAUAUCAGUCAAAACGAUGUCCAUAUCGGAGAGAUGACGGUUAGAGAAACCUUGGCUUUCUCAGCUCGAUGCCAAGGGGUUGGAUCACGUUACGAAAUGUUAGCGGAGUUGUCAAGAAGGGAAAAAGACGCGAACAUUAAGCCCGAUCCUGAUAUCGAUAUCUACAUGAAGGCUGCAGCAACCGAAGGACAAGAAGCUAGCGUGGUCACCGAUUAUACUCUCAAGUUGUUGGGGUUGGACAUCUGCGCUGAUACCAUGGUGGGUGAUCAAAUGAUCAGGGGUAUCUCCGGUGGGCAAAAGAAACGUGUGACAACUGGUGAAAUGAUCGUUGGACCAUCGAAGGUUCUUCUUAUGGACGAGAUAUCUACGGGUUUAGAUAGUUCCACAACUUUCCAAAUCGUGAAAUCGCUCAAGCAGUUCCUUCACAUUCUUGAAGGAACUGCUGUCAUUUCUCUCCUCCAGCCAGCACCCGAGACUUAUGAUUUGUUCGAUGACAUUAUCCUGCUGACCGAUGGGAAGAUCGUGUAUCAGGGCCCGCGUGAACACGUGCUCGAGUUUUUCGAAUCUAUGGGGUUCAAAUGCCCAGAAAGGAAAGGAGUUGCUGAUUUCUUGCAAGAAGUGACAUCAAAGAAAGAUCAACAACAGUAUUGGAUGAGAAGAGACGAUCCGUACCGAUUUGUGACGGCCAAGGAAUUUGCAGAGGCGUUCCAAUCGUUCCACGUUGGUCGGAAACUGGGCGAUGAUAUCGCGACACCUUACGACAAAACGAAAAGCCACCCGGCUGCUCUCACAACCGAAAAGUUUGGUUUGAACAAAAAAGAGCUCUUGAAGGCUUGUACGGAUAGGGAAAUCUUGCUCAUGAAGAGAAAUUCGUUCGUUUAUUUCUUCAAAUUGUUCCAACUACUCGUGUUGUCGCUCAUCACUUUAACUGUGUUCUUCCGAACUGAGAUGCAUAGAAAUAACCCGGAUGAUGGGGGAUUAUAUACGGGUGCUCUUUUCUUUGGGGUCGUUAUGAUCAUGUUUAACGGGAUGUCUGAGAUCUCAAUGACAAUCGCAAAGCUUCCCGUGUUUUACAAACAAAGGGAUUUCCUGUUUUACCCCUCGUGGGCGUAUGCUCUACCAUCUUGGGUCAUCAAGAUUCCCGUUUCGUUUCUUGAAGCUGGUCUUUGGACUGUUCUCACCUAUUAUGUAGUGGGAUUUGAUCCUUAUGUCGCAAGAUUCUUCAAACAAUACCUCCUGCUCUUGCUCGUUAACCAGAUGUCUUCUGCAUUGUUUCGGUUCAUUGGAGCUUUGGGUCGAAAUAUGAUCGUUGCAAACACAUUUGGUUCAUUUGCGCUUCUAUUGGUCUUUGCUUUGGGUGGCUUUGUCCUUGUCCGAGAGGAUGUUAAGAAGUGGUGGUUGUGGGGUUACUGGUCUUCUCCAAUGAUGUACGCUAUGAACGGAAUUGUAGUGAACGAGUUUCUUGGGCAUAGUUGGAGGCGGGUAAGUCGAACAAUGCAUUGCCCGUGGAACGACACAACCUUAGGGAAAACUAUCAUCGAGUCCGGAGGGUUCUUUGCGGAAGCUUACUGGUAUUGGAUCGCAAUUGCCGCCAUGAUCGGAUUCAUUCUUGUUUUCAACUUAUGUUUCGCGUUAUCUCUUGCUCUCCUCGACCCUUUCGGGAAGACUCAAUCGAAUGCAGCAACAGAAGACAGCACUGAUGCAGGAGCCAUUGAAUUGGCACCGAGAUCCGCUGAUGAUGGCAGCCAGACCAAGAAGAAAGGAAUGAUUCUUCCGUUUGAACCACAUUCGAUUACGUUUAACGAUGUUAAAUACUCGGUCGAUAUGCCACAGGAAAUGAAAGAGCAAGGGGUGAACGAGGAUAGAUUACUGCUACUUAAGGGCGUGAGCGGAGCUUUUCGACCCGGUGUUCUUACAGCGCUGAUGGGGGUGAGUGGUGCCGGAAAAACUACUCUGAUGGACGUGUUGGCCGGUAGAAAAACGGGUGGCUAUAUAGAAGGUGACAUUAGGAUUUCUGGGUAUCCGAAGAAACAAGAAACUUUUGCUCGGAUUUCCGGAUACUGUGAGCAAAACGACAUCCACUCUCCUCACGUUACCGUUUACGAGUCUUUGCUCUACUCGGCGUGGCUCAGGCUCGCUACAGACGUUGACGAAAAAACCCGAAAGAGUUUCGUCGAUGAGGUUAUGGACCUCGUGGAGCUGAACCCGUUGCGGGAUGCGCUAGUCGGGUUACCGGGCGUCAAUGGACUCUCGACCGAACAACGUAAGAGGUUGACCAUAGCCGUGGAGCUUGUAGCCAAUCCGUCUAUUAUCUUUAUGGACGAGCCAACAUCGGGUCUAGAUGCUAGAGCCGCUGCUAUUGUGAUGCGAACCGUUAGGAACACGGUGGACACAGGAAGAACCGUCGUGUGCACCAUUCAUCAACCUAGCAUCGAUAUCUUUGAAGCUUUUGAUGAGCUUUUCUUGAUGAAACGUGGAGGACAAGAGUUGUACGUUGGACCUGUCGGUCGGCAUUCUUGCGAGUUGAUCAAGUACUUCGAGGAUAUUGACGGGAUAGCUAAGAUCAAGGACGGAUAUAACCCCGCAACAUGGAUGUUGGAAGUCAGUACUUCGGCACAAGAAAUGGCGUUAAAUGUCGAUUUCACUGAAAUCUACCGGAAUUCAGAUCUUUACAGGAGAAACAAAGCGCUUAUCGCGGAACUAAGUGUACCACGUCCCGGUACGCAAGAUCUCUAUUUCCCGACACAGUACUCGCAAUCAUUCCUUGUCCAAUGCAUCGCUUGCUUAUGGAAACAACGGUGGUCGUACUGGAGAAACCCGCCAUACACCGCCGUCCGUUUUGCCUUCACCACCUUCAUUGCCGUCAUGUUUGGUACUAUGUUCUGGGAUCUUGGUGGCAAAAAGAAUGACCGAAGGGAUUUGGUUAACGCAAUGGGUUCUAUGUACGCUGCUACCCUUUUCCUAGGAGUCCAAAACGCGUCCUCGGUGCAACCGGUUGUAGACGUUGAACGAACUGUCUUUUAUAGAGAACGAGCUGCGGGAAUGUAUUCAGCUUUGCCGUACGCAUUCGCUCAGGUUCUUGUUGAAAUCCCGUACAUUCUUUCACAAACCGGAGUUUACUGUGUUAUAGUGUACGCGAUGAUCGGGUUCGAGUGGACCGCGGCCAAGUUCUUCUGGUACACGUUCUUCCAGUUGUGCUGUUUACUCUACAUGACAUACUACGGUAUGAUGACCGUCGCCAUUACACCCAACGCCAACAUCGCAGCCAUCAUCGCCGCCUCGUUUUAUGGACUUUUCAAUCUCUUUUCGGGAUUUAUUAUUCCCCGACCGAGUAUUCCGGUGUGGUGGAGAUGGUAUUAUUGGGGAAACCCAUUGGCGUGGACUCUUUACGGCAUGGUUGUAUCGCAAUUUGGGGACUUAGACGGCCCAGACGACGUGCUUAGCAGUGGCGAGACGGUGAAAGCGUAUUUGGAUGAUCAUUUUGGUUUCAAGCAUGAUUUUCUCGGCGCCGUCGCCGGAGUUCAUGUCGGCUUGGUGCUAAUUUUUGCUUUCAUCUUUGCAUAUUGCAUUAGGGCUUUCAAUUUCCAGAAGAGAUAAGAUCAGAACACUACGUCGUUUAUUUGAACCUCUUUUUUUUUAAUUAUAUUUUUUUAGUUAAUUAAAUAAUUUUGGUACCUUGAGUGUUAAAUAGUUGUAAAAUUGCAUGUACUAAAUUUCUGAUUGGUGCCGAAGAAAUAUUUUUGGGAUCUCGUUUAUUUAUUCAAUAUGUAAUCGGUGAUCU